AUGACAACUAAGAUAAGUUUGGAUACUGCGAUUGGUGAAUCACAUCGUUGGUGCACGCGUGUCUCGUUAGGCCUAAGAUCUAUAAAUGGAAAGGACUAUGUGGAUGUUGCCAGGGCUUAUACAAUGCCUCCUAUACUAAAUGUGGAAGCCAUUGGACCUACUCAGGAAACGUUGUCCAAUUGGUUUCAUCUAAACGAUGUGGAAUUGUCUCCGUUAUCCAGUAAAACUCUGAGCAUACUUAUUGGUUUGGACACUCCUGAGGCUCACUGGGUUUUGGAGCAAAGAAGAGGAGUUUAA